AUGGACAACUUUUCGAGCAAAGUGAAGGUUUUUGAUGCCUUUCCGAAAGUUGCUCCGGAGCAUUCUGUGAGAUCGUCACGAGGUGGCCUUUCGUCAGUCUUCACGAUAGUAUUCGGCCUCUUCAUUCUUUGGGUCCAGGUCGGAGGAUUCCUUGGUGGGUUCAUAGAUAGACAGUUCUCUGUCAACAAGAAGCUCGAGCUGAAUCUCGAUAUCAAUGUGGAUAUUGUCGUCGCCAUGCCCUGCGACAUGUUAACCACAAAUGUCAUGGACAUCACCAACGACAACUUCUUGGCCCAUGAGGUGCUCAACUUCAUCGGAGUGGACUUCAAUAUUCCACCAUUUUUCAACAUGAAUAACGAAAACGACAACCAUAUGACCUCCAACUUGGACAGGGCCAUGGAAGGGUCCCUUCGAGCUGAGUACGCUGUCAAGGGCAAGCGCUUGAACACAGAUGCUCCUGCUUGUCAUAUAUUUGGCCUGAUUCCAGUCAACCAUGUGAAAGGAAGGUUUUUCAUUGUGCCCAAGGGAACGAUGUAUUGGCUGAGAGAGGCAGCGCCAAGGGAGAGGUUCAACCUCUCUCAUUUGAUCUACGAGUUUUCCUAUGGAGAGUUCUACCCAUUUAUUGACAACCCAUUGGAUUUCACCGGCAAGGUCACCAAAGAGAAGGAACAAGUCUAUAACUACUUUGCCAAAGUUGUCCCCACGUUAUACGAAAAGAUUGGUCUUGAGAUCGACACAUACCAAUACUCCCUCACAGAGACUCACCAUAAGGCUAGGGGCAGUGGGUACACUCCUCCAGGAAUCUUCAUGAACUACUCGUUCGAGCCCAUUCGUCUUCUGAUUCGUGAAAAGCGUAUCUCCUUCUUUGCAUUUGUGGCUCGUAUUGCAACCAUUCUCUCCGGGCUCUUCAUCGCAGCAGGGUACCUUUACAGGCUUUACGAGAAGCUCCUCUUUGUCCUUUUUGGAAGAAGGUAUGUGGACAGAAACAGAGAGAAGAAGGAAGGUGGUCUCUUGGACCAUCUGGUGCCCCAAAACAAGGAUUUUUAA